GAGGUCUCAUGUUCAGCUUCUGUUUUUUCCGGGUGGUAGACGGCGGAUCCGGCCGCCGGAAGGAGGCGCCGUCGGCGUUUGUCCGCCUCGUUCGGAGGAUGAAAUGUACGGAAAUGAGAUUCACGAGUGGUUUCAGAGAAGAAAAGGGAAGAAAAGCAGCAUCUUUUCUAGAGGUCUUUUGUCCAAUUGAGUACAGACAACCCCACCACACACAGUAGAGAGAGAGAGCGAGAUAAAAAGAGGGAGAGGAGAGAGAAAGCUUUUAGUCUCCCAAAGGCUGCAGCUCGGGGGAAAAGGCAAAUUCGUUUUAGCCCUUUCAGUUCACCACCACCACCGCCGCCUCCGGCUCCCAAACUUUGACCAACUCCGGCGGAAAUGAACCCAUCCAUUUAUGGGCUUGCAUGUAGAGAGAGAGAGAGAGCACUUAAUAGUCCUCCCUGUUCUUGCCGUAGACAGCCACUCACACUCUGUAUUUAUUUAUGAUAAGGUAUUUAUGUAAUGAUUGCCAAAAUAUAAGCACCAACUCAUCAUUAUACCUUUUAUGGCAUUGGUUAAAUCUUAGGGACACCAUCCUAAUAAUUGAUGAUUCUCCAAAUUAAACCACACACCCCCACCCCUCCAAGAAUCAAUCUCUCACCCUCUCUUUCUCUCUCAAGAAAGGUUUUUGGUCUUUUGCAAACUACUUAAAACCCUAUCCCUUCCGCUUCUCUCUCAUUUGCUUCCUGUGAGAGGGAAGAGAGAGCCCUCUUUGGAGUUGGACUCUUAUGGGAUUUUACUUCUCAACACCACUCGGUAAAAGCACACACAGAGACUAGAAGUAAGGAGAAGGAAAACAAGAACGAACACCUCCAUGGAUGCUUACGAGGCUACAAAACUAGUGAUGACAAGGAUCCAGAGUUUGGAUCCGGAAAACGCUACAAGAAUCAUGGGUUAUAUACUGAUACAAGACCGAGGGGAGGAGGAGAUGAUAAGGUUAGCCUUUGGCCCUGAGUCCCUCUUGUUAUCUCUCAUCAACCAAGCAAAGGCCUAUUUGGGGCUUCCUUCAAAUACCCCUUCUCCAAAACCUUUAACUCCUCUCGCGAGUCCCAUUAGCCCGAACAGCCCUUUCCCUCAAACUUCACCAAGAAUCUUGAUACCGAAUAAUAAUGGGUUUCAUUUGGGGAAUCCCUCUUCAACCUCUUAUCCAAGAAAUAGUCCCCGGCCCGUUUCUUAUGCAGCUGUGCUUAAUGGUUCUACUACUUGUAGCAACAGUGAUAGUAGUAAUGGUCCAGGCUCACCAAGUUUGCAUUUCUAUGGCGGUAAUGAUUUUGGGGACGAGUUCUUGAACGGCGGUGGGCCAGUGCAACGUCAAGUUCAGGAUCAGUUACCAUUCCUAGACGAUUCAGUGGUGGAUCCAAUAAUGAGUCCGAGUGGGAGGAGUGAUUCUUUGAUGUUCCCUUAUGGUGAGGAUUUGAACAGCAUUCCAUCUCCUCAUCCCCACCCAUUUCACCGGGGGGAUUGUUCUGUAAAUGAUGCUGCUUUUCUUUCUAAUCUUGAAGAAGUGGGUGGUGGUGGAAGUGGAUUUGGAUGGAGACCUUGCAUGUACUUUGCAAGAGGGUUUUGCAAAAAUGGAAGUUCUUGCAAGUUCUUGCACAGUGAUAUUGGUGGUGGUGAAGCAAUUGAGGUGGGGUCUCCAAGUUCAAUGUUUGAUGAGUUCUUGAGAAUGAAAGCCCUUCAGCAGCAGCAGCAGCAGCAGAGAUUUGCACUCAUGUCUCCCAGAGGUCAUCAUCCUUUUCCUUACAACAAGCGCAUGAGCUUUCUGAACGAAAAUCUGAGGCAUGACUAUUCUUCAAUGGGAUUGGCUGCUGGUGCAAGUCCAAGCUCCCGGCAAAUUUACUUGACGUUUCCAGCUGACAGUACAUUCAAGGAAGAAGAUGUUUCCAGUUACUUUAGCAUGUUUGGACCGGUGGAAGAUGUUAGAAUUCCAUACCAGCAGAAACGAAUGUUUGGGUUCGUUACAUUUGCCUACCCAGAGACUGUAAGACUCAUUUUGGCUAAAGGGAACCCUCACUUUUUGUGUGAUUCUCGUGUGCUUGUCAAACCAUACAAGGAGAAAGGAAAGAUCCCGGACAGGAAACAGUUGCAGCAACAACAUCAACACCUGGAGAGGGGGGAGUAUUCACCUUGUUUAAGCCCGUCUGGGAUUGAUUCCAGGGAGCUAUUUGAUCUCCCUAUUGGAUCAAGAAUGUUUCUGAGUACACAAGAGAUGCUUAGGAGAAGAUUGGAGCAGGAAACCUUUGAACUUCAAAGUAGGAGGAUGAUGAGUUUACAACUGAUGGAACUGAGAAAUCAGCACCAUAACAAUCAUUUUCUGCCAGGCCUGCCGGCUGGUGUCCCGGUUUCCUCUCCAAGAUCGUCUGAGUUGCUGAUGAGUCAAAAUUUUAUUGCUUCUUCGGAUGCUACUAAUCAAGAUAGCGUGCAAGCUGACAAUGAGAAGCUGCUGUUAGAAGAAACUAAAAAAUCCACCACCACCUCCAACAUCACUGAUGGCAACUGGCACCAGAAUGUCGAUGAUGACGACUCUUAUCUCCCCAAAAGCAGUUUGGAGCAUAUCCUACCCGAUAACCUUUUUGCCUCUCCAACAAAAUUAGCCGCUGAACGUAGGACCAUUUUCUCUCAUGCUUCAACUGAAGCUGUUGAUACCACCACACCAGUAACAUCCUCUAACAACACCCCUGUGCUAACUAGCAGUUCUCCACCCAGCAAGGCUUCUACACCCUUCUCCCGAACGACGAGCCAUUGAAAUGUAGGUGUUGUAGCUGAUCAUGGUUAGCAAGCAGGGAUUAACGUAGCCUGAAAGUUUGAGUUAGCAUAUACAAGUAAAAAGUCCUCUAGCUGUACAGCCAAACCAUACCAGCAACAGAAGAAAAAGAUCUCCUCAAGAUUCAUCAUCAACACCAUACUCUACUUGUUGCAACAACACAUAAUGCUUUUGAGCAAAGGACAGAUGAAGUGAUUUAUGAGGAGUGGGGUCUCUACUUUGUUGAUAUAUUCUGCAGCAGUUGUGUGCUGGACCACAAAGAACAAUAGCAUAUAAGAAACAAAACCUACUAGUUAGUAAUAACUCUUACUAUAUCUUUUUACCUACUAUUCAUAUUAUAGAGAGCGAGCUUCUUGGAUAUUUUACCAAG